AUGUCCACAACUGGAUUCAACUUAGAUAGAGGAGGUGUGGAGUCUUCGACAGGGAAUGGAGAAGUGGGGACCUUCGGCAGGGGAACCUUUGGUCGCAAUAUUGUCUUGCAAAAAGAGGGACAGAAGAAGCAAUCGUCAAGCUUCAGGUACCGGUGUGAUACUUACCAAAGGCUCUUCGAUACUUAA